UCGUCUAUGUAUUUUAUAUGUCUAUGGCCCCGCCAAAUGACACCAGUUGCUCUCGUCUCAUCUCUGUUUUACCGCAUAUUGCACUAUUGCACAUAUACGUAGUAGACUCCGGUAUUCGAUGUCAUGAUGCCAUUAUAAUUCACGAUGACGAAAAAGAAUAUGUGUUAUAAAGCGCAAUACGAAAUGACGACUCAGGAAAGUCAAUUUGAGUGCGACGUGAAUAUUCACUUUGUUGUUCCGAAUGAUCAGGAGUCUGAAAAUGAUUGCAGCGAGGAAAUGUGGCAGGCGUUUAACAAAUGUUGUGAACUUAGCUUGGAACCAGGAUGGGUUGCUGAAAGGAUUUGCGAUAAGAUGAAACCAUCAAAAAACGAUAUCUUUAUUAUAGAAAAAUUUAAUGGUACUUUGUUUGAAAAGUUAAAAAAUUUUAAAUGCUCCAGAAUAGUAUCACCAAAGUGCUUGCUUAUCUGUUUUCUAAAUGGAGAACCGAUUCCUGAAGGAAAGAGCCCAAUAUACACAACUGCUAUGAGGGGAAUGUGUAUUUGUGUAUCGGGUGUAACUCCAGAAAUCAAGAAUCAGAUACAAAAAAAAGUCGAAUAUAUGGGAGGUUUCUUCACAAAGCAAUUAAGAAGUUCUGUCACACAUUUAAUAGCAGAUUCUGUGAUGUCUGAAAAAUAUGAAGGUGCUAUAGAAAUGAAAAUACCAAUCAUGAUGAAGGAAUGGGUAGAAGCUGUUUGGGAAGAAAAUUUGCAGAAGAUAACUCCGGCAAAUGAUAAGAUUUUUGAUAAAUAUAAAUGUCCAGUGUUUAAGAAUCUAAUAGUUACUUCAACAAAUCUUUCCAAAUAUCAGAAAGAAGAAAUUAAACGUUUGAUACAUAAUCAUGGAGGUACAUUUAUGGGUCCUCUCGAUGGAACAAAAGUUCGAGUGGUUCUGGCUUCUGAAAAUGGCCCAAUGAGCGAUAAGCUAAAAUACGCUAUGGAUAACGAUAUUGCUUGUUUAAAACCCGAUUGGGUGCAUGAAAGUAUUAAAGUAGGAUACGCAUUACCUUUCCACAAUUUCAUUAUCAAAUCUGUGAAAGCGUGUUCAACACCGGAAAAGUCGCAUAUUCGAGAAACACUUAACUGUUCUGAAAUCAGUUCUAUACCAUAUGAUAAGUGUCACAAUAAUUACAUAAACGAGACUUAUAGUUCAACAAUAUCAAAUUUCUCUACUGUGGAUGCAGUACAUAAUAAUUUUUCUAAUAAUGCUAUGUUAAAUGUUUUGGAUCGACUCAGUGAAGCAAAAUCGGCUGGACCAUUUCUGGAUGGAUGUAAUAUUUACCUCGCUGGAUUUCCGGCAAAUAUCAAGGAUAAAUUGAAUAAAAUAUUUAAUAUGGGCGGUGCGACACGUUUCGAUGACAUAUCGGGUACUGUGACACACGUAAUUGUCGGCGACGAGAAUAAAGCCUCUGCGCAAUUGAAAGCAAUGAAAUCGAGAGGUUUAUGUCCUUACAUAUUGAACAUAGAAUGGCUAGAGGAAAGCAUGAAACUGAAACGGCCUGCACCAGAAGAUCGCUUUUUGUUUAAAGUAAAAAGCGAAACACCUAAGAAAAAUAAUGAGACGCCUGCUUCUCCGCUCAGUCAAAAGAAUUUACAAAUGUUGCAACGACCAAAGAGGCCACCUAUACCACCUUUCAACUUAGAAAAAGAAGUUGUACUUGCGAAUGAAAAAGAUCAAUCUGAUCUCGUGCAGCAAUAUCUGCAGAAAACUAACGAUAAUUGGAUUACCGAGUGUAGUGACGCGAAGCCUCGUACGCCUAUUUUGCAGGAUAAAGACAGAGGUAAUUCGAGUAACAUCAAUGAAACUCGCUCGGAUACCACGCAAAUUAAAAAUGCGGAAGACGACAGCUCCGUACCGCUUAGCCAAAGCACGAUAAACGAAAAGCUGCUCAGAGGUUUGACAUUCGUCGUGGUCGACUUCGAUAACGAGGACAACAACGUGAAAGAAACGAUCGAAAUGUUGGGUGGACGCGUCGUCUCGAAAACGUACAGCGGUAUUCCGGAUUACGGGAUCGUACCUAUACAAGGAGCACUUUUAAAACACACAGUCAAUGAAAUUGUAACCGAUUUAUUUAUCGAAGAUUGCAUAAACCAGGAGCGAAUUGUCGAUGUUAUGUAUUAUCACAAGCCGUUCUCUAUUAGAAAAUCUUGCAGUCCAUUGUCGGGAUGUGUUAUAACGAUGAGCAUGUAUACCGGCACUGAACGAAUGUACCUUUCGGCAUUAGCUAAACAACUUGGCGCUAUAUGUCAAGAUAUGUUUGCGCGGAAAGCUAACGCGGAGAAGAAUACGUACGGCAGUACACACCUCGUUUGUCCAACUCCGGAAGGGAAUAAAUACAACGCCGCCGUAAGAUGGAAACUGCCAGCUAUCACUGCCGAUUGGCUGAAAAUUUGUGCUGAGCAAUUAAUGCUUGUAGACGAAACUCCAUUUCUCGUCGGAGAAACAAUGGCGCCAGAUAGAUCGAAUAUCAAUACGAGCGAAACAACUCUCCAACAAACUCCAUCGAGUGUUUACGAAAAUAGAACAAAUCUGGCAGAAGAGAUCACAACGCGGACUAUCCUUACACCGAAGCGCCAUUUACCUCAAAUCACGGAGAUGAUCUCUAUCGAAACCCCAUUAGUGAACAAGAGACUUAGUGCUGUAAUGAACCAGAGCCCGAAUUCUCCGUUUCACGUGUCUACUCCAGAUUCUCCGUAUGGACAGGUUUUUAAAUCUAAUCCAUCACCAGACACACGAAAAGGGUGGGUCAAAUGGGUGGACAAUUUCCCUGAUUUGCAAGUAGCGGAACCGCCCUUAAAACGACGCGCGCCUAGCACUCCGCUCUCAGAGUUAAAGAGACAGUUGUGGGAGAAAUUGAAGAAUGCGGAUCAAUCUGAAAAGAGAGAUGCAUCAAAUGAAACCACAAUGAGACCGAAUGAUGAUUCUUUUAUGAAAAGAGCUGAUGAGGAAAAGGCCAAUCAGUUUAGCAAACAAGCUGCACCAACUCCCGAGCCUAUUAACCGGAAACUAGAUUUCGACGAAGAAAAUAGUCCAGUGUCAAAUAAAUCGAGUAAUGAAAUAAACAUGCAAAUAGCGAAGUUGGAUCAAAUGCUUCAACAAACACGUACUCCUGAAAAUAGAUAUUCGUUGUCUGGAGAAAGUGCAAAAAAAUACAACGAAGUUCCUGAUGACAUACAAAAGUGUAUAAUAAAAGACUCGCAACCUAUCGAUGCUAUCGUAUGGGAAGAUCCGAAUCAUCCAAAGCGGCUAACUUUAGACAAACAAACAAGUGGAAAUAUUCAUGGCGAUAUGAUUGAAGAACAUACUGACAAAGAUACUACUGAACAUCAACUAUCAAUGACACGACGAUUUAUGCUCUCGGGUAUAAAGGAUAAGAUAGUGUACGAACAAGUGAUACACGAUCUCGGCGGAGACGUGUCGACGGAUUCAAAAUAUGAUAAUGGCGCCACGCAUCUCUUAUGCAUUAGGCUCUCCAGAAAUGAGAAGAUGCUCGGUAGCAUAGCUGCCGGAAAAUGGCUCUUACAUACCUCAUAUCUACGUGACUGUGAACAAGAAGGCAGAUUUCUCGACGAAGAAAAAUACGAAUGGGGCAAUCCGAAAAGCGAAAGUACGAUCCCAGAACCUAACGGCAAAAUCGAGCAAGCGAUUGCGGCCGCAGCUUAUAAGUGGCGGCUGAGAUUGCAGAAGGAGCUGGACGGUCCGUUUUCCAACAUGGUGGCACUGCUAAUGGUCUCCGAGGACAAGCACGAUCAGUUCAAGAGACUCAUCGAAGCCGGUGGCGGUUCGGUAACGCAAGCGAGACCGCCAUAUGAUGUCAGUUCGUGUGGACGCAGGAUCACGCACUGUUUCGUCAAUGUGAAACAGGUGAAUCAACCUGUAGAUUGGGCUAUGCUGGCUAGCAAGGGUAUCCUUUGCUUUUUGCCGCAGUAUCUCAGCGAUUACCUACUGGCGGUGGAGCCGCUCAAUCCACGGGACUGCGUACUUCCAGAAUUUAAGAAAUAUCUGACGUUAUUGCCCAAAUAGUCAGAUCGGGAUAACAAUCACACUUAAAUUUAAGCGAGAAAAUAUCAACGGCAUUGUAAAAUAUACUAUAUAUUACAACAUAGUGUACAUAGCGAAUUCAGUGGGUAUAUAAACUUGAUACCACCAUGACAAAUAGCUGAAAUAAAGAUUUUUUUUUUUUAA